CGCGGUAAUUGUUAGACUGGAUGCACUUCAGUUAGAGUUUUAUGAUGGUGGUGUCAACAGAAUGCCUGUGAGAAUACUUCUGAUUGGAGACCCCCAGUGUGGGAAGACGUCGAUCAUCCUAUCACUGGUGGGGGAGGAGUUUCCCAUUGUCGUACCAACGAGGGCAGAGGAGAUCACCAUCCCAGGAGACGUCACUCCGGAGAAAGUACCCACCCACAUUGUAGACUACUCAGAGCGUGACCAGAGCCAAGAGGAUCUUGAACAAGAAAUAGCUAAGGCCCAUGUUGUGUGUGUAGUGUAUGACCUCACAGAGGACCAAGCAUUGGACAGGGUGGUUGAGCAUUGGAUACCACUCGUAAAACAGUGUUCAGAAGAUCUCCUCAAGCCCAUAGUACUAGCAGGCAACAAGGCGGACCUCUCUUACAACGGAGAGCUUCAAUCCGAGAAACUACAAAAUGUGCUCAACUCGUGUGUGGAUGUGGAGACUGGUCUAGAGUGUUCUGCAAAGGAGCUACAGAAUGUGUCUGAGUUGUUCUACUUUGCCCAGAAGGCCGUGCUCCAUCCCACAGCUCCUCUCUACUCCCCCAGCCACAAACAGCUCAAGCCCGACUGUGCCGAGGCUCUAGAGAGAGUGUUUAGGAUAUGUGAUGUGGAUAAUGAUGGACUGCUGAACGAUCAGGAGCUAAAUGAUUUCCAGAUUCGCUGCUUUGAUGCCCCACUGCAGCCUCAGGCACUGCAGGAUGUCAAAAAUAUUGUUGAGAGGAACAUACCCUCGGGGGUCACUGCCAGUGGGCUCACCAUGGAAGGGUUUUUGUUUCUGAACAAGCUGUUCAUACAACGGGGUCGACACGAGACCACUUGGAAGAUCCUGAGGAAGUUUGGCUACUCCAAUGACCUCACACUCAAGGACGACUACACACAGCCAAUAUUCAGCCCACAGCCUGGCAACACAGUCCAGCUGAGUGCCUCAGGUUAUCAAUUCCUCACCGACCUGUUUCGCAAGUACGACAAAGAUGGCGACAAUGCUCUCUCCACUGCCGAGCAAGAGGACCUCCUCUCGUUGUGUCCUGACUACCCCUGGGAUGAGCAACUGAUUGCACUCACGGUGGAUACCAACAACGAGGGUUGGGUCACUCUGUCAGGGUUUCUGGCAUUCUGGACGCUUCAAACUAGCAUGGACUACUCAUUCACAGCCCAGUUCCUGGCCUGGACUGGCUACACAAUGCUCACUAACUCAAAUCUUGCCGCAGCACUUAAAGAUGUUGAGGCAAUGGACCCUGAUCGAAGUGUGUACCACUGCCGAGUGCUGGGAGGGAGGGGGUGUGGCAAGACAAGCUUCGUACGAGGUCUGAUUGGUCAGUCUGAAGUGGCAGCAGAAGACGGGGAAGAAGCCAUGACCAUCAAAGGCCUUACUCUACCUGACACACAACGCCAAGUUUAUCUUGUGCUCCAGGAGAGCAGCUAUGACCCGACAGAAGAUGAGGAGGAGGCUAUUGAUGGGGCACUUACUGACUCGGACGUUGCCUGUCUACUCUAUGACACCUCACAACCAAACUCAUUCCAAGCCUCAAGACAGAUAUUUGAAGGCGUUGAAACGACUGUCACAAACCUGGUACCGUGCGUCUUUGUAGCCACCAAAUGUGACCUCCCUAAAGUUAAACAGGAAUGUGAUGUGAGUCCAGAGGAGCUGUGUAAGGAGUACGAGCUCCCACCCCCUCGUUCUGUCUCAAUGACGACCCCCGACCUCCUCUCAGCUGUCUACACACACCUCGCUACUGUUGCCAGAGACCCGUCCAGUAAUCUUCCGUCUUCGUGGCGUAUUCCGAGCUGGGUAAAGUGGGCGGGGUUUGGAUUACUGUUCUCCUCGGGACUCGGCGCUCUCGUCUAUUUAUUAGCUAAGAGGUUAAAGGUCAGCAGUAGACCACGCCCAUUUUAGCAAUCUGAACCCAGCUAGGCGUAUUAGUUUUGACAAUCAUGAUAAUAAUUAUUUGUACAUUUUCAUAACUUUUGCCCUGUGUAUGUUGAAUUGAAAUGGAACAUGUCAAUUGAA